GAAGCGUUAAGUAAGGCAGCAGGGGAGAGGGACCAUCACUGGCCUGUCUCAGGGAAUGUUGUUGCUUGGAGGGACGGCGUGUGUUUGCAGAGUAAACGGUCUACAUGGAAACAGCACGGUAGCGAGAAAUGUCAUUGAAUGUUCUAUUGGGAAUAUAUGUGUCUACCAGGAUUAAUUAAAUUAGUGCACCGUUUGGAUUAAGCACUUGUACAACAUGAUGAGCACGUGCCGUUGGUGCACAUCAGUGGGCGACGAUGUUGCAAAACUGCUCCAGAGGUACUGUGCUGGGUCUCUGUUAGCAGAGGAUGAGGAGGCAGUCAACGAAAAGAAGGCACUCAACGAGGACCUUGGGUUCUGCCUGGAGUGUGUGGUAGUGUACCACCGGGCGAAAGAGGAGUUGCCUGGACUGCACAGGAGGCUAUGGGAGUUGGAGACGUCCAGGCUCCUGGGUCACUUCUCUAAUGCAGCAAAGAACGCACAGCCGGCUAAGGACCUCAGCUAUGUAGAAGAGGACGGCCGGGAAAUCGGAGUGCCUCAUAUCAACCCCGCAGAGUACGAGAACUAUAUUCGUGUUCCCCUGUCAGAGGUCCUCAAAUACCCCUACCUGCUGGCACAACCCGAAUUGAGUGAAAUGUGUGUUGAGGCAAUAUGUAAGAUGGAGGAAUAUAACUCCUUCCAGGUGUUGGAUAAAUAUCCAGGGAUCUACCUCCUCCUCGUCCACCCCAACGAGACGGUUAGGCGGUGGGCAAUUGGUGCUGCCAGGACUUUAGGGAAGGUGGACCGAGACGACUUUUAUGAACUUCAGGACAUCUUCUCCUGCAUGUUCUGCAAUGUCGAGCUGCGAAUCCCCCAGAACUUCCCAGACAUGGAUACCUCCUAUGAUCCUACGACUAAGAUGACAUGGCUGCAACCGCAUCUUUACGAUUCCAAAAAUGACAAAAACUACUGGUUGGGUAUCUGUAUGCUUCUGACACAGCUGGAUGCCCAGGCUAUGGACUCGCUGUUCCUGGGGCCAGACAAACAGGCCAACAUACUGCACUGUAUCCUUAAUGCCAUGGACUGUGGCAUGGAGGAUGAAGAACCAUCCAAGGAGAUGGAUCCCUUCUGGCCAGUCUUGCAGUGUUUUAUGGUGAUCUUGGAUUGUUUGGGCUCUAAAUUUUGGGGUCCGAUUGAGCCAACCCAAGCCUUCCAGGCCAUCACAGGAAGACCUAGCUACUCUGCAGAGCUCGAGAGCAUCAAACAACAAACCAUGAUAUCACGGGUUAAAACGGAAACUACAUGUGAUGAUGACAUGGUGACCUGCAGUCAGAUGGUUUAUGACAGUAACACCAAAGUGAGCAAGGAAAAGGGUAGCAGACGCUCACAUGGUGCAGAUAGCAGUGUGGUCUAUGAGGAAAUGAGUUCUCUGGUCAACCUCCUGCAUUCAGAAAUGGGCCAGGCAUUGCGUGUGCACGACAGCACAUUUCUCUGGUUCAUCCCCUUUGUGAAGUCUGUUAUGGACCUCGAUGAACGCAGUGUCAUAUACAUUAAUGAGGUUGUCCACUACCUGUGUGGGGAGAUCAGCACGGAUCUCCUGAAGCGCCAGGUUCGCAUAUGUGACAAGGUCACGGAGUUCUUCACCCUUAUUCUCGUCCAUAUCAUCGAUUUGCACCUGGGGAGUGGCCGCAUGAAUAUGCUUUAUUACUGCGCUCCCAAGUGGGUGGGCGUGUUGGUGAAAUGUGCAACCCUGCCUGGUGAUGCUUUUGUCCACACCUCGGAAGGUUCAGUGUCUCACUCUGUGUCUUCCACAUCCUCAUUGAGGGUCAGUGCACCCCGAAAGGCCUCUACUAGCAGGGCUGUUCCACAGGCAUGCACGCAUAUCAUCCGGUCCCUGCUGAAGGAAGGGAGCAGGCUGAACCCCAACAGUAAGUGCAAGCACUUCCUGAACCGUUUGAACAAGCACCUCAGAGAAGGGCCCCAGAGGGAGUGGAAGCUGAUUAGGCUGGAGAUUCAGGAGCUUCAGAUCUGUCUGAAGGACUAUGUCAAGACGAUGAUGAACAGGCCAACCACAAGUACUCCUCCACCCGAACAGCUGAACAUUGAUGCAGGGCCUGUGGCACCAACCACACCACCACUUCAAUCAAGCAAUGACACCUCGGGAUCUAGCGGCUUAGCUGAAUUUAACCAUCCUAUAAAACAGGAAGGGUUGUGGGAUUAUGUCGACGGCAGUACAUCUGGUGGUAGGGAUUCUAAUGCAGUUCAGAGGGGCAGGGACAUAGACCUAGCGUUGCUGAAAAAGGAGCCCCUAACCCCUGAGGAGGAGUUUGUAGAGCCGACUAAUGAUUCAAGACCAACCCAAGAGAAGUUCUCUUCCUUGAGGGCAGAUCCAGAGAAAAUACAGGUGAUCAAAUCCAGACUUGGCCAGCUUAUGACCAAGAAGUCCCACUCUGAGAGAGAUGAGCCCUCUGUAGGGCUCAGUGAAUUUGGUAAAGAGAAACCUCAAAAUCUGUUCACCAGCCAUAGAGAUGAGGCAUCCAACUACCAAGGCAUUAGCAGAGACCCUCCAUGCCCCCAAGAAUCUGUUGACAAUGAGCAGGUGGACAAUGUGCCCCUCUCUGUUUUAAAAAGUAAUCUUAAAGGAAGAGUAGGCUUCAAAUCUUCACAAGAUCGGAGUAAAGGAAACUCUAGACAAUUUGACCGACAACGAUCACCACCAAAGCCUCCUUCAGAAGUCAUUGUUAUAUCUGAUGACGAGGCAAUAUUAAAUGUUGGUAGAGCAAGAGGAACUGGGUCUUUUUCUGAAACAUCCCAAAUUAAAAAUGAACCGGAUACCUCCGACCAGAAUCACAGUACCUGGCGUGAUUACGACGGAAACAUGAGUGAAUCUCAGGUGUUUGAGUUUGAAACACAGGAAUAUAUGGCGUCUGCCUGGUCCAACAGAGAUUCAGAAAGUAACAUGCCACCCGAAAAGCCCAAAGAAGAUAGCCCUGUCAGACAUCUUUUGAGUCCAACUUUAAGAGAGCCUUUAUCAACCUGGGAAUGUGAUACACAACCUAUCUAUGACGAGGAUAUUGAAAGAGCCUGUAAGCAGGUUGAGAAGGAGCUUGAGAAGCCUAAGACCCCACCACAAGGGCUCAAACGGGCCAUCGUUGUCAAAAAAAGAAAUCUUCUUGUUGAUGCAAAACCAUUGGCCUCCAAGUGCCUGAGCAAGAAACCUACCGUAGUAGAAAAACUAAUCAAAGAGCCUGUGAAGGAUGCUCCCCAUGCAGUCACACCGCCAUUGAGAAAAAGCAGUUCAACAGUACGUUCAAACAGACUAGAAACCGAGACACCUUCUUCCUUAACCACAUCAGCCAUCUCACACAAAACGUCAUUAACUCCAGCCAUUGUCCCUCCUAAAAAAGUCAGAAAAGCUGCAGAGCCUGUGUCCAUAGCAGAGAAGCUUGGCCUUAAGAAGAAGGAGCGAAAGGCCUUUAAUCUCUCCCAGCAAUCGCAUGACACUGUUGAUGAGCUGAGGCGCCACGGUGCUACAGUCGAUGUCCCACAGGCCAAGAAGCCAACCCGAAAGACCAAGAGGUCAAAGGUGACCUCCCCUCACAAGAGAGUGGUCAAUGGGAGUAACAAGAAGCUGCUAGCCUCACAGGAAUUCCAGUUCUUCAGGCAGAGCAAGCAGGCAUCGGGAGCAGGAACCUCUGCAAAGGCAGAGCCAAUGAAGAGAAAUCCGAAAAAGAUUGACGAGAUUCAACGACCCAGUUUUGUUACAGAGGCGGACGAUGAAGACGAGGACCUGCGGUGUUCCCAGCUAGAUCCUGCCCGUCAUGAGGAACAGCUGACGUUCAAUCGCAGCUCUCAAAGAGCCAAUGAGAACAAACCAGCAUCCUCCAAUACAGUGAGUAGUGUGUCAUCCAACAUGGACAGGCAGAUAUCUCCUUACUUUCAGAGGAAUGAUGAUGUCACACCUGGACCAUCUGGUCAAGUCUCCAAAAGCAAUGAGGAAGGUGACGGUUAUGAUGCAGACUGGAUGUACCUCACCCAAAUGGAGCCAACUGACAUGGAGAUGUGCUCGCAGAUGGAGGAGGAGGAGGAAGAAGAAGAGUUCUUCUACACGCAGCGGGACCCUGUAGACAUGGACAUUGACUCAGACAGCCAGAUGCCCUUUGAUGAAAAAGGAGGGUCUUCAGACUGGACAUGGCCUAAACAGGCAGACGAAGGGCAAGAGGCUCCACUUGCCACACAGACCUUUAAGAAACCGGCUACUCCGCCACCCUCGCGCUCUAACUUGGCUAAGGACGAUGAUCGCUUGUUCCUGAAACCAGGAAUGUCCCCUAUGUCGGUUAAAAAGGCCAAGCCGUCCACCACCAAGAUCUAUGCAACCUCAAGCUCCAGGAGUGCCUCCUUGGUGCAAGAGAUGGAGAGGACUGCCAAUGCUUCAUUUUCGGCUUCUUCUGCCCCUGCUGGAAGAGGUAGGCCUGCCCGGCCAGUUGUGCCAGGCCGGCCAGUCGUGCCUGCACGAAGUCCCUGUGUACUACAACCUCCUCCUCAUCCAGAGGUCGGUCAGUCUCUCCAACUGAAUCGACUCUUAUACAGACCCAUCACACCACAACUACCACCUAAACCCAUUCCACCAAAACAACCACUACCCAGACCCGAACAAAUCCUCCCCCGUCCACCUGGCCAGCCCCUCCGCCCAAUCCAGCACAGCAACAUAGGUUCCACCCCCCAGCCCUCCACUUCUAAGACCUACCCCAGGCCUGACGCCCCUUUCCAAAGGCAGAUACCCAACCCGGAGGUUUGCGUCAGAUUUGACCCCAACUACCUGAUUCAACACAUCCUGAAAUGGACAUUUGAUAUGUUUAGCAACUACAAGCAGUUUGGUAUACCCUCUGAAGUAUGUGAGUUACCCCUGGAAACAGUAGGCUUUAGCUUCAGCUCUUAUGAUAAAUACUACAAAACCUUUUACCCCCUGCUUCUCACCAACACUUUUGAGGAGCUUGCAGGUGAAUGGCUAAAGAACAAGGAAUCAGGAAAGGUGGUCACUCAGAAUUUAAAAGUUGUCGCAAAUGAGUACAGCAACAGUGUUUGGAAUGUCAGUUUUACAGCGAGCAUUACUGCCAGUGAUGUCUCCCGUCAGAUGUACCCUAGGGAGGAUGACCUGGUCAUUCUGUGGCUGCCCCAGAAUACAGGUGCUUACUCACGGCAUGAGCAGGGCUUCUUGGAUCCCCAAGAACAUUUUGGCUAUGUACAGAGAUCCAAUAUCUGCAACGGAGGUGUGGGCCAGUGCCCAACGCUGAACCUGAUGAUAAAGACCCUGGGGAAUGUGACGAUGGCGAACAAGCAAGCAGUGCGCUGUGAUGUGGUGGACUCCCUGGUCAGCACCAUGAGGGUUUUCAGGGCAAUCUGUCAGCUCAAUGGCAGCUCUAUGCUCAAGCCCAUCCUGGCCCCACAAGUCUCCUACUUCCAACCUGGCCCGGAGGUCAUCCCCAGCCUCAACCUGCCUGGUUACAACCCAGACCAGGUGAGGGCGGUGAGAACCGGUAUGUCUGUUAUCAGGAACCAGCAACUCACCCCAAAAAUCUGCCUUAUACACGGACCCCCAGGAACGGGAAAGAGCAAAACUAUUGUGGGCCUGCUGCAAACGCUGUUCUCUGAGGGAGUACAGAGUAUGGCUCCUCCAGUGAACAGGCAAGCUAAACCUCGCCGCACGCGGGUCCUCCUGUGCGCCCCGUCCAACGCCGCCAUCGACAAUCUGAUGAAGAAGAUUAUCCUGGUCUUCAAAGAGAAGUGCAAGAACAUCCAGGGUAACUGUGGGGACAUCAAUCUGGUGAGGCUCGGGAACGACAGGACCAUCUCCAAGAAUCUGAAACCUUUUAGCCUGGACAGUCAGGUGAAAAACAAAACACAAAAGGCCCUGAUGUCACAGGACUCAGACGUCCACAGACGCAUAGCGCAGCUGGAUGAGAACAUAGACAAGAUCUCCAAGAUGUUGCCCAAACUGCAGAAGAAUGAGGAAAUGUACCAUGAGCUGGCAGAGCAGAAGUCCAGACUGCUCCAAGAGAGAAAGACACUCGGCUACCAGCUCAAACAGUCUCGCAGUAGGAAGCAGGAGACCCAGGCCCGGGUACUGCAGGAUGCCCAUGUGGUCUGCUGCACCCUGAGCUCCAGCGGCAGCACCGUCCUGGAGUCGGCCUUUCGGCGCCUGGGACACAAGCCCUUUAGCUGCGUCAUCGUGGACGAGGCAGGGCAGGCCACCGAGACGGAGACUCUUAUCCCAAUGCUCUACCAGUGCAAUGCCCUCAUCCUGGUGGGAGACCCCCAUCAGCUGCCACCUACGGUUAUCUCCCAGACAGCGAAGGAGUUGAAGUAUGGCCAGUCCCUGAUGGCUCGGCUGGUGACCAACCUGGAUCACUACUGUAAGGAGAACAAGAUGCCCAGCCCUGUGGUCUUCCUUAGCUACCAGUACCGCAUGCACCCCGACAUCUGCGAGUUCCCCUCCAAGCACAUCUACCGCAAGGCCCUUAAAACUGACGAUGACACUGCAGCGAGGAUGGUGAACUUUGGCUGGCCUUUCCAGCCCUACCGUGUGUUUGACGUGACUGACGGCCAGGAGGUCAAGGAGGGAGAGUCGUUCAGCAACCUGAAGGAGGUGCAGCUGGUAGUGAUCCUGCUGAGGAUGAUGGCUGAGAAGCAGCAAGUCAAGGUGGGUGUCAUCACGCCCUACAAAGCCCAGAAGGACCGCAUCAACCGCGAGCUGGCGAAGAUGGUCAACAAGAACCUCACGGUGGACGUUGACACUGUGGAAGGCUUCCAGGGCCGAGAGAUGGACUGCAUCAUCGUCUCCUGCGUCAGGGCAAGCCACGAGCAGGGCGGCAUCGGGUUCCUGGGGAAUCGCCAGAGGUUGAAUGUGACCAUCACCCGGGCAAAGUUUAGCCUGUUCAUUCUGGGCCAUCUACGGACACUCCAGGAAAACCAAGACUGGGGUGCGCUUAUCAAAGACGCCGCUACACGUGACGUCAUUAAAUCAACGAAUGAGAUGACCUUCAAGACGGUCUCCAGGAAGAUCUUCAAGCAGGAGCUGACCAGGAGCCUGUCUAACCCCCUCAGAGAACCAGGCCCUCCCCCUGCUGCCUCCAGGGCUGCUCCCAUCGGGCUGCGGCGCUCCUCUGAGCCAGCCCUGUUCGCCCAGGGCUGGGACUCCCCCAAGCAGCCCAGCUCGGCAUCCCCUCCCCAGGCCGCUGACAGGCCCACAGACCCGCGUCUGGUAGUCCAGCACCCACAGGCCCCCCAGCAUAGAGCAGACUGGGAUCUGCGAGCUGAAGGAAUCCGGGACCCACGAGCGGAGAUGAGAAGGGACCCACGAGCGGAGAUGAGAAGGGACCCACGAGCUGAGAUCAGAAGGGACCCACGAGCUGAGAUCAGAAGGGACCCACGAGCUGAGAUCAGAAGGGACCCACGAGCGGAGAUCAGAAGGGACCCACGAGCGGAGAUCAGAAGGGACCCACGAGCGGAGGGUUACAGAGACUCCCGGGUGGAAAACCUCAGAGACCCACGAGCUGAGAGGGACCCACGAGUACGGAACAGCCCAGAGCAGCUUCACCCCACUGUGUACCAAAACCUGAGAUGUGCUGGCAGGGAGAGGGACAUGGACAGAGAGCGACACCAUUCACCUGUCACAGCGCCCUGCCCAGGAGACUGAGUCAACAGACCACCGUGGGACCACAGUGCUACAGCCUCCUUCAACAACCACACACACACUCACCCCCAGAAACGAGCCCCAGACACCCGAUGGAUCCCUCCCACCCACUCCAAGAGGGGGAAGAGAUGAGUCUGACCACUGACCCUGUUUGGUUUGUUUUUAUUCGUGUGCUUUCUUAUAUAUUCAGAGAAAGGGAACGAGAGAGGAAGGAGAGAUUACUCCUCAGAGUAGUUUGGUUCUCAAACAGUCUGGAUUUGACCCAAUAUCACUGUUUUCACCAGGACAUUCUUUAGAAAUGUCAAGCGGCAAUAUGAUAGUUAUAUCAUAAGUCGGUUAAUUUUAUUUUUGUAAUAAAUAUAAUCGUUUUUGUAUUACGCUGUUUAAUGACUUAUGGCUUGAAUAUGUGGGUUGGCCACUGGCCUCUGUAUUAAACUGCCCUUUGUGGGGGUGGGGCCUUUUGUGAAAGGGCACGUGUACUAUUACACUGGUACUUUUCCUGUGAGUUUAUGCCUGUGACUUCUGGACUUUUAUUCAUUUUCUUUUUUGGUUCACAAUUUUAUAAUUUCUCAAUCUCUUAGUUUCCUUACGUACUCUGCAUUUGUAUAGAAAUGUUCUGGACUUUAUAAAAGCGCCAAGACUAAUGUCUCUGGUGCUCCAUGUUUGAUACCUGGUUAUUUAUUAGUAGCACAGCCCACUUAACAGAAUGGCUGCUACCUUUUAUUUUAAGUGCAUACCAUUUCCGCUUAGAGCAUAUAUUAUUAAGUGCAAAAGUAUGUCUUGUCAGCAAUAGUUAUUUGACUAUAGACAAUUAUUUGUUUAUUUUGCUUUUGAAGUGUCAUCCUUGUUGAGCACCAGGAUGGUGGGUAACUGAGGCAAAUGUUACAUUUUGUGAUCAGAAUUUGACUGGUUGUGUUGCUUAAUGUAUGUAUCUUUAUAGAAUCUGUAACAUGGACCCCAGACAUAGUCUGAGCGAACACAUUAGCUGGAGCAUGUGGGACAAAUACAUUUUAUUUCUAUAUAGAGAGACAUGUUGUACAGUAGUUCACCGCCAUUUUAUUCCCCAGAGAAGUGUUGAAAGCGCUGGGUGUUUUAUUUCUGCUGGUUUAGUUUGGUGUUUUUGUUUGUACGGUAUUGGAUGCACUUUUAUUUGUCGUAUCACGCUGUGCAUUAACACAAGCUAAUUUUUACACACAGAAGAAACAAAUCUCUCUCAAUAAAGCUUAUUUUAUGAUA